UUUAGAGAUAUUUUGUAACAAAAACUUAAAAAAUGCUAUUUGAAAGAAUUGCUCAUCAAUUUUUCUUUUCAUGUAUUAUUGGCACCAAUAACAUUGUGAAUGUAACCGCUGACUAGCUCAAUUACCGGAUUUUCUUACGGGUGUAAAGCCAAUAUUAAAACCGAUAUUUGUAACUUAGUUAAUAUAGGUUAGUGUUAUUAUUGUGACAAAUGUUAUCAAGGUACAGAAACAGUAACGUGCAUGUCUAGGCUAAGAAAAAUAUCAUAUGCUCUACUUUAAAUUAUAUAUAAUGAUAUUGUGAAUUCAGUUGUUAUUUUGUAAAAAUAAUGGGUCACAAACACUACUUCCGGUCAAAAUGUAUCUGCUGGCAUUUGUGAUACUUUUCAUUACGAAACCAAUAUAUCAUUUAUGUACCGUACCAUGAUAAGCAUAAAUAUUUCUCUAAUUUUAUACUCUUUCCGUUUAACUUUAUAUCUUUCUGUUUCACAAAGAUAGACUUUUUAGCGUUUUCAUACAUAUUAAGAAAACACAUUGCAUCAAUAUAAUAAAUGUAUCGUUUUCUGUAAUUUUCAAUUUUCAAUAUCUUCUAACCAAUAGUAAUUUAAUAAAAUCAAUUAAUUUUUUUAAAGUUUAUAAUUUUUUCAUAGAAAACACAAAAUAUAUAUCUUUGUUGAACAAAAUUAUUUUCUAAAACAGCUUUAUUUUCGAAACGGAAGGAGUAUUUAGUUAUUUACAUAGUUAAGUUUCUUAGAACAGUUUACUACUUUUGGAGAAUAAAUGACCAAAUUGUGUGCUUGAUGUAUAUAUGGAUUAGUUGAGACGUUCAGUUGUUUCUUUCAUUUCCCAUAUAAGGGUGGUGGAGUCUAAUCAGUUCGUAAUGAUAAGACAAGUUGGAUUCCAUUUCAGAUGUAAACUAAUUAUUAAAAAGAAAUCUACGGUUCAACAAAACUAGUCAGGUGAACUUUAGGUAGGGACAUUAGCCACGUGAAUUCAACGUUCCUAAAUUUCUACUCUUCUGUCUCUUCUCUUACAUAAACUCUCCUUUUCCCACCAUCCAGAUUCUAAACAAAAAAAAACCUCCACACUCUUUCUCUCUUUCUUUUAAAAAACAUCUCUAAAUAAAAACACUCACAGGAACGUACUAAAUAAGUGGUAAAACUCCAUGGAACCAGUCACUUAUGGGUCAUGCAGACCCGACCCAAAACCCUCAACCGCGUCAGCACCACCACUAAGCCGUUACGAGUCACAGAAACGCCGCGACUGGAACACGUUUCUACAAUACCUUAGAAACCACAAACCCCCUCUAACGCUAACGCUGUGCAGCGGGGCUCACGUGCUCGAGUUCCUCAAGUACCUAGACCAAUUCGGAAAAACCAAAGUCCACGUGACAACAUGUUUUUUCUUUGGCCACUCGGACCCAACAUCUCCUUGCGCUUGUCCGCACAAACAAGCUUGGGGAUCUCUCGACUCUUUGAUCGGACGACUUAGAGCCGCUUACGAGGAAAACGGUGGACGGCCGGAAACGAACCCGUUUGCUGCACGCGCUGUUAGGAUUUACCUUAGGGAAGUCAAAGGGAGUCAAGCUAAGGCUCGUGGAAUUACUUAUCAGAAAAAGAGACGGCAACCUACCGUUACCACUGUCAGACUGGAUGUGGUUUAAACGAGUGGAAUCGUCUUCGAAGACGGGAGUAAUGGUGAUUCUCCGGCUGCCUCCGGAGCCUUACUUCCAUAGGUUUAUAUAAUAAUCAUACAUAUUUUGCUUAUUUUUCCCCAUAUACAUAUGUUGUAUAAAAUCAUCUCUCUUUAUUAAGGAAACCUAUACUAUUUUCACUGUAUUAGCAAGAGUUUUUCUUUUUUUUUAGUGUAUUUAUGAGUCUCUCAAAAAUUGAAAAACCUAUCUAUUUUUGCUAACUAACUAAUACUUUUCUAUAAUUGUUUUAUUUAUCUUAAAAAUAAAUGAAUCACUGCAUAAGUGACAUCUAAAAGAUGAAUUUCUCAUAUAUAUAUAUGGGAAUCUCUCAAAUGUGAACCACUCUACCAUUUUUUUCUUAUUUUUCACUAUUUUAUUUAUUUUAAUUGUGAGAAACUAUGUGAAAGAUCUCUAAUGGCCAUGCUCUUAGUUGAUCGUGAAAAGACAAUUGUACGGAAAUUAUUCAGUUGCCUCAUUCUAGUAUUUUGAAGUUUGUUCCUAAUUUAUAUGGGUCAAUUUUGUUAUAUGAAAAAUUACUUACGUCUAUUCAAACUGUUGAUGGAUUACCGAAGAUGAAUGAAGGAGAUAUAUCAGUAUAUGUACAAAAGUUGAUGUCUAUUUUGGAUUUAUUUGAUUGUUAUUUGGUUGAAGAGCAGCUUUCAUUGAUCACAUAACAUUUUGAUUUUCAUCUAACAUAUUUUGUCUCUAUCCCCAAAUUAGGUCCCAUCAUAAAUUCUUAAAUUAAUUUCGUGAUAAACUACAUAUCCUACUAUACAAAGUAAUUAAUUAUGAUAUGGACGAUGUUAAUAUGUCAUCAUUAUAUUUUGGGAAAAUUGGUUUUUUAGAGCAAAAAGAUGAUAACUAGAUCUUUUUAGACAAAUAUUUAUUUUGUGUCAUUUUUGCCUAUAAUAGCCUUAAUAUUUUUGAAAAUAAAUUUAAUAAAUAGUUUUACAAACAAAAAAAAAAUUGAAAAAAUAGUAACUAUUGAUAAAAUACAUAUAUGAACUUAGUGGUAUUUUUUCAGUUCUAAAAAUGUUUAAAUCAUAAUUUUCAGAUUCAAUUCUAAAUAAAAGAGAAAUGACAUUCUACGAAAUAGAAAACAAAAUUCACUUUUUCAUUGAAUCUACAAUGUUUGAAAUACGUGAUCUACGUAAAUAAGAGUAUUCUAAAAAUAUUAAGAAUACACAUUAUGCGCUUAACCUACCGAUCAAAAAUCUUUAGAUAUUAAAAUCUAUACAUUAAUAUAAAUCUAAAACAAGUAGAAACCGACUUCUACAAAUUUACUGUAAAUCUAAAACAUGUAGAAAUCAAAAUCUACAUAUUACUAUAAUUCUAAAAACAUGUAGAAACUGAUUUCUACAAAUUAGAUGUAUUCUACGGAUAAGAAACCAGUUUCUAAAAUGUAGAAACAAAAUAUUUGGGAAUAUUCACUUUCAUAUUUAAAAAAAAAAUCGAUUAAAAAAACAAAAAAAAAA